UAAUGGGCUCUGGUAACACUCAAAUGCUGUCUUCUUGUUCAUAACAUGGGAAAAAUGUGAGUAAUGAUUUGUUUCUGGCUAAUUGGUUGUAAUCAUAGCUCAUUGGAAUUAUCCAUUUUAUAGAAAUAUUAUGCCUGCAACUUUUCAAAACUUGACUGGGGUGCAGAUUUUUCUUCAUACUUUUCUAUACAAAGUUUAAGAGUAUAAUUAACAACAGUGUUCUUUUUUUUAUUGCAUAAAAAUAUAAUAUAAAUUUUUUAAUUAUACAAUAAUAUUUAUUUAUAUUGAAAAAUUUAUAAAGGUCUUAUAUUAAUUAACAAUUUGAAGAGAAAAAUAAAAUUAUAUAAAAGAAAAAAAUGUGGCACAAAAAAUCAAAAAGAAGAGUGCAAAACUGGAACUCUGGAAGGUAGGACCUAGGACCAACCAAUAAUCAACAUAUGCAUAGGUUUUCUAUGAAUUGUGUUAAAUGCCAUCCAUUUAGUCAAAAUUGGAAAAUACUUAAUUUUUGUGGGUUGGUAAGUCCUUAUAUUAUUUGAGUCGGAUGCAUUGCAUUAACAUUAACAGCCUCUAAAAAUAUAGUGGCAGCAAUGGAAGAGGCCAUUGUGUUGUACCCAACACCAGCAAUAAGUCACUUGAUAUCAAUGGUAGAGCUAGGCAAGCUCAUUGUUUCUUACAAUUCUUCAACCUCCAUUCACAUUCUCAUUCUUGAAGCUCCUUAUAAUGCUGGAUCUACUUCUUCCUACAUUGCUACCGUCUCUGCAACUUUUCCUUCAAUCAAAUUCCAUCGUCUGCCUACUAUUGUUCUCCCUUCCACCGAUACCAAACACUAUGAAAGUCUCACUUUUGAGGUCAUCCGACUCAGUAACCAUAAUGUCCAUAAUACCCUUCUCUCUAUUUCCAAAACCUACGCCAUUAAUGCCUUUAUUAUGGACUUCUUUUGUGCUCAUUCUUUGUCUGUCGCUACGGAACUGAAUAUCCCUGGCUAUUUCUUCUUUACUACUGGUGUAAGUUUCCUUGCUACUUUCUUGAAUUUUCCCUCCAUUCAUCAAAACACCACCAAAAGUUUUAAAGAUCUUAACACGAAUAUCGAUGUUCCGGGAGUACCAUCGUUUCCUGCAUCUUAUAUGCCACUGCCUAUGCUCGAUCGCAAUGAUAAGGCAUAUGAUUUCUUUCUAGACUCCUCCAAAUGUUUUCCAAAAUCAGCAGGCAUUAUAGUGAACAGCUUUGAAUUACUUGAACCAAAAGCUAUUAAGGCAAUAUUAGAUGGAUUAUGCAUACCUGAUUCUACAACACCACCUCUCUCCUGUAUUGGGCCAUUAAUAGCAACCAGUAAUGCAGCCAAUGAGAUUGUUCCAGAUUGCUUAACUUGGCUCGACUCACAACCUAGUAAGAGUGUUAUUUUUUUAUGUUUUGGUAGCUUGGGAUUAUUCUCAAAGGAACAGCUAUCAGAAAUAGCAAUUGGGUUAGAAAAAAGUGGACGAAGGUUCUUAUGGGUAUUUCGAAAUCCACCUUCAAACCACCAAAAGUUGGCCAUUUCAGCCCAAUCAGACCCAGAUUUGAAGUCACUGCUCCCUGAUGGUUUUUUGGCUCGUACUAAACAAAGGGGACUUGUGGUCAAGUUAUGGGUUCCACAAGUUGCUGUGUUGAAUCACGAUUCGGUGGGUGGGUUUGUGACCCACUGUGGGUGGAAUUCGGUGCUUGAAGCUGUUUGUGCUGGUGUUCCACUAAUUACGUGGCCUCUGUAUGCCGAGCAGAAGUUUAAUAGGGUCUUACUUGUGGAAGAAAUUAAAAUUGCUUUGCCAAUAAACUGGUCAGAAAACCAGUUUGUAACUGCGCUGGAGGUGGAGAAGCGAGUUAGUGAGUUAAUGGAAUCAGAGUCGGGUAACUCGGUUAGGGAGCGAGUCAUUGCUUUAAAAGAGGCUGCGGCUGAGGCAUUGACCGAGGGCGGUUCCUCUCUUAUUGCAUUGUCUAAACUCACCGACUCAUGGAGGCGUGAGUGAGUAAGUGCGAGUUGUUCAAUACUUCUCUUGACCAAUACAUAAGGAGUGUAGCAUAAUAUUGGUCUCCGGUAGCACUCCAUUGUCGUCUCCGUGUUCAUCUCAAGGAAAAAAAACGAGUGAUGAUUUGUUUCUGGCUAAUUGGUUGCAACUGUAGCUCAUUGGAAUUGUUCAUUAUGUAUAAGCAUCAUGCCUGAAACUUUAACAAAUUUGGCUGGAGUGAAUUCUUUUAUUCAUACUAGUUUUUUAUGCAAAGUUUAAGAUUAAUUAUAAAUUUUAGUUAUAUAAGAAUAUUUAUUUUAAUUUA